AGAGGUUUCUCUGUAUAUGUGUGAGAUAUAUAUACAGUUAUAUGAGGCAAUAUCAAUAGAUAUUAGUAUGCAGAAAUAACCCUAUGGGAUGUAUUGCACACAAGACACUUGCUAUAAACAACAUCGCCUGGCGGAACUUCUUGCCCUCACUAACUUCGCUUCCCGGUGACGUCAUCCGUGUGCGCCAGCGCUGUCGGCGCUGUGUGAUGACGUGCUGUGUUGUAUUGAUUGACGGCUGGAUGGAGGCUCUCAACUACUAGACAUGUCUUCGCCGGGGAUGGAGGGGGCUGAGGAGGCGCAGACUCCCUGCGGGGACCCGCUGUGUCUUCCCUGGGACCGCUUCUCGUCGUGGCUGCACUGUAUCUGUGUGGUGGGCUUCGAUCUGGAGUUGGGCCAGACUGUGGAGGCCUUGUAUCCUCCCCAUGCCAAAUUAACUGACAAGGAGAAAACCAGCAUCUGUUACCUGUCAUUCCCUGACUCCAAUUCUGGCUGCCUGGGGGACACACAGUUUUGCUUUAGGUUCCGUCAGUCGGCCGGCAGGAAAUCCUCACUGCAUUGUGUCCUGGAUCAAAUGGACAGAGAUUCACCUGUUUAUUUAAAGAAAGAUCCCUCCUGUUUCUAUGGUUACGUCUAUUUCCGACAAGUUCGAGACAAGACUUUAAAAAGAGGCUAUUUUCAAAAGUCCUUAGUGUUGAUAAGUAAGCUGCCGUACAUCAAUUUCUUCCACACGGUGGUGAAGCAGAUCGCCCCUGAGUACUUUGAGAGGAAUGAUCCAUGCUUGGAAGCAGCUUGCAGUGAAAUAGAUCGAUGGCCUCCACCUGUGCCAGGGAAGACUCUGCAUUUGCCGAUUAUGGGGCUUGUAAUAAAGGUGCGGAUUCCGACCCGUCAUGACAAACCAGGAACAACACAAAUAGUGGAGAUGACACAACAGAGUGAUGCACAGAUCUCUGUGUCAUUGCCCACAAUCCAUGAAAUUGACUUGUUCAGGUGCUUCACACCCGUCUUUAUCCACAUCCAGCUACUUUGGGAACUUGUUUUAUUGGGAGAACCACUUGUAGUCAUGGCUCCGUCUCCAUCACAAUCUUCAGAGACUGUACUGGCUCUUGUUGGGUGCAUAGCCCCUCUGAAAUACUGCAGUGAUUUCAGACCGUACUUCACCAUCCACGAUGCAGAAUUCAAAGAGUAUACCACCCGCACACAGGCACCACCUUCUGUUAUCUUCGGUGUUACCAAUCCUUUCUUUGCGAAAACUCUGCAGCAUUGGCCACACAUAAUACGAAUUGGAGAUGUGAAAUUGGCAGGAGAUGUGCCCAAACAGGUCAAAGUAAAGAAGCUGAAAACACUAAAAACCUUGGAUUCAAAGCCUGGGGUGUAUAGCUCUUAUAAGCCAUUUCUGAACAAAGACGAGGAAAUCAUCAAGCAGUUACAGAAGGGCAUUCAGCAGAAGAGACCAUCAGAAGCUCAGAAUGCGAUUCUCAGGCGUCAUUUCUUGGAGCUGACUCAGAGCUUCAUCAUUCCUCUGGAACGAUAUGUGGCCAGCCUAAUGCCUCUACUGAAGAGCAUAUCUGCAUGGAAGAGUCCUCCACAGCUUAAACCCUUCAGUCAGGAGGAGUUUAUGAAGACAUUGGAGAAGGCAGGACCUCAACUCACCUCUCGGUUAAAAGGAGACUGGAUAGGCUUGUACAGACAUUUUUUGAGAUCCCCAAACUUUGACGGUUGGUUCAGAGCUCGCAGAAAAGAAAUGAUGCAGAAACUUGAGGCUCUUCAACUAGAAGCACUUUGCAAUGAGGAUUUGCUCAUUUGGGUUCAGAAACACACUGAAGUAGAAUCUGUGGAUUUGGUAUUAAAGCUUAAAAAUAAAUUGGAUUUUGCACAAAAAGAAAACCUCCCUGUGAGUGCAGACACAUUACAGAAGCUGCAAGAGCAGGUGGGCACCAUCAUACAGGAGCUGCCCGAAGACUUGCAAGAGAUCUUGCUGAAAACCACCAACUCAUGAGUCCUAUGGGGUCAAGGCAACAAGGCACUGACAAUGUGACUUCUCCAUUGUACAGCAACAACCAUGCAUCAUUUGGGUCUCCCCUACGAACUGUUGAUGGCACAAGCAUACAGUGCUUUGCAGAUCCUCCAGGUGAGACUGGAAGGCUCUUUACUACUGUACUUACAGCAGAAUCCAUAUCUGGUAUAUUUUUAUAAUCUUUUGCUAUAGACAGUCAUUUGUCGACACAGAGGAGAGCAAAAUGUUGGGCAUUGGAUCAAUGAAAUCUGGAUCAUGAAAUAAUUCAAUUCUUCCCUUUUUAUAAAAAAGACACAUUAAAAACACCAGAAGGCAAUUUUCAUGAAAAAUAUCAAAAAAUCUUUUUUGAAACACAUAGGUAAAAGGACAACAAUAAUCAGACAAAUUCUGGCCGCUGCAAUGGGUAGAAAAAUGAUCAGGUAAGCGGAAAUCCAUUAAAGUGACAAGUGCAACCUAUACCGCUGCUCUACACAAGAUCGAGCAGCAAAAGAUAGAUAAAUGCAAAGAGAACACUAUACAGGGAUAAAUAAUCCCAAUAUCAAUACAAAGAUUAUGGCGCGAUCACAUGGUAUGAUGGAAAUAAAGAGAAUAGUUCACUUGAUCAAUGGUAUGCCGGGAUGGUAAAUGGAUCCAAGAGGAUGCAGAGCUGGCGGCACGUACAAAAUCCUAUUAAAAGAUCUGCAGAUAAGCUAAUAUCCCAUUUUCCAAAGCAUAGCAACGGAGCAGUGACAAACCCUCACACAUACCUAUGUAGCACGACAGGAAAAGGAAAACUAGAGCUUUGUUACCUGUUUUAUGCGUAUGUGAAACAUUGAGAGAAUUGGAUAUCAGUAUGUGACAGGGAAGACGCGGAUCAUAUCCUUUAUUGAACUUCCUAACAUUGAACUACAGUAGUCCAUGGAAAAAUGUUAAUCUGAAAUUUGAUCAUAAUAGUAAAUUACACUAGCGGGUAGCACCUUUGGUCACAUAAAAGUAAUGGGGGGGUUAUACAAAAAUGGAGCUAAUUUCUUCCAAAAAACAGCACCACACCUGUCCUCGGGUUGUGUGUGGUAUUGCAUGUCUGUUUCAUUCAUGUGAAUGGAGUGAAUACCGCACACGACCUGAAGACAGGUGUGGUGCUGUUUUUUGGAAGAUAUUAGCCUUGUUUUUCUAUAUGUAGAUAACACCUUUGUAAGCUUAUGCAUUACGACUCCACUCUAUUGGCCUGUCUGUUUUAGUAGGUACUUAUAGUGGUACUGGAAACGUUGGAAAAAGUCAAAACAUAGUCAGUGGGGUGUGUUUAAGGGGUACUCCGCUGCCUCAGCGUUCGGAACAUUUUGUUCCGAAUGCUGGGUGCGAGCGGUGGGGGCCGUGACGUAACGGCCAAGCCCCUUGUGAUGUCACGCCAC